AUGGAUAAGGCGCUGAAUAUAAUUAAAGGUGCAAAUGGAAUCGAUUCAAAGCAAUUGUUCAAGCAGAUGAGUGGCGAUUCUCCUUCUAUCUCCCACCUCAAGCACAAGAUACUCAACAAUCUCCAGCACUCGAAUGCAAUCACCAAAAGACACUCUCUCAGAUUAGAACCCCCGACCUCACACUCCUCCAACAAAUCCAGCAAAUCAAAUUUAGUCACCCUCCCUGAUGGCCACAAGGCUAUUGCUCAUUCCCAGUGGCUCUGGUAUUCCUCCGACACAUCCCCGCCACAGUUCUCGCAGUCUUCUGCCCAACACCGCAAUAUCCUCCCCCCUCACAACUCCAUGCGCUUAGAGAAGAAGGGUGCUCAUGCAGAGAGAGUCCUUCUCAAUAGACAAAACAGAGAAGCUCCCAAGAUCACCCCACCUAAGCCCCUCCUUGACGGCUUCAGCGUUCCUCGACAGCUCCACUCCUCCCUCAGAGACAGCCUCUCUCGCCAAAGACAACACGACAAAGUCGUUAACAACCUCAAGUUCUGGCACAAAUCUGCUGCUAAGGUGGGCGCCGCUGAAGAUGCCUUUAACCGUGGUAAACAGAGUGCACGUUGA